GCUGCCGGGCCGGGGGGGACUGCAGUCUGGCGCAGGGGGAUGGCCGAGGCCGGCUUGCUAACCCUCCCCGGCGGCUGAAGCACUGGCGGUGUAGGCGGGCAGCGUUGUUAUUUCGUACUGUCAUCAUUUAAUGCCUGUAACUGCGGAGACUUGGGUGAGGGCAGGAGAGCAGGUGGGAGCUGGCUGCUGCAGUCCCUGGCGUUCGCUUGCCAGCGCUGGGUGAGGGUGCUAUGGAUGUGCUGGGAGGGGUUUUUCCUUUCGUUUUAGUUCAUUGCAGUCGUUUCCUGGCUCGUCUUCCAAUGGCAUGUGGUCCAAGGAGUCAGGAAGAAUAGCACUACAGCGGGCAGUGGGCUGAUGUGAUAGAAACGCUCUUUUGCUCCAUCUCGCAUCAUGUAUUGUGCCAUUAAGAAUGCCUAGGCUUUGUUUUACAGAAAGUCUGUGAAAUUUUAUUGGUGGUAUUUCUGUUUUUUCAUGUUUGUAAGUUCAGAUUUCCUUCAAAGACACGCACACACCCCCACCUGAGGUUCUUAGAGAAGUCAGAUACAGGAGAUCCAAUCAGUGUAGUUAGCUUGGUUUGCCAAAAGCCUGUCAAGUAAAUGAAGCAGCUGGAAUAUAAGAGGAAAGGGUUCUUGUACAGGCAAGUAAUUACAGCAGGAAACAGAGGGUUGUAGUAAAUGGUUUCCUCCUCCAUUUCACCACAUCCCUGUGGUGUUUCACAGGGAUCUGUCCUGGGCAGUUCAAGCUAGUUGACCGGGUAAAGGGGUGAGCAGUGAAGUGAGAAGGCUUGGUGGUGAUAUUAAGCUGUGGAAAAGUACUAAGAGCAAGGGUCAGCUAUGAAAAAAAAUGAGAAAGACCUUAUAAGGCUGCUUGGACAAUAACGUGGCAAAUGAAAUGUCAGGGAGGGAUGUAAAUGAACAGAAGGAGCCAGCUUUCCACGAAGAAGAUGGGCUGUGAGCUCACUGUUAUUACCUGGACAGAUAGAUCUUGGUGUUAUGACAGAAUGCAGUUUUCACGGAACUGCACUGUACUGCUUCUUGUAGAGCCCCUUGGUUCUGACAGUGGCCGAAAGCAGAUGCCUAGGGAAGAGGGAGGAAAUUUAGAGCAAGUGUAUAGAGAUGCUUUCCACUGCUGUUGUACCAGCCUCUAAGAAUUUGCAAUUCAGGGUCUUCCCUGAUGAGAAGUUUAAACUUGUGGGAAGUUUUUGGUGGCUUAUUAGCCAAGGCAUAGGAGUAGGAUGUGUGAUGUGGCUCAUUUGAAUGGGGAGUUAGAUUUUGACAUACACAUCUCUCUAAUCUGUGUAAAGGCAAGGUAAAUAUCAGAAAGGAUAGGAAGAAGGCAGAGCAAUCCUAACUGUUGCAGGGCCAGUCUACAGUUCUUGGCUAAAGAAAUCAAGAAAAUUCUUGAACUUUGAGCUGUUUCCUUGCAGUUACUCAUUCACAAAUGUACUUUGAUGCAAUCAUGCUGCUAUUCACAGUUAUGACCUGAGGAUAUUAUGGGAUGAAAAUAGGAACUUCACAAAUGAAGUAAUCUGCUGUAAAAAUGUCUGUGAGGAACAUUUUGCAACAUCUCAAGGGACUGUCUAGAGGUUCCACAAAUCAGUGUCUUUCUGGAAAAAGUGGAGAGUCUCUUCCAGCAAUUUUUGAGAGAAAUGUGCAGGAAGCCAUUGACAAUUAUACUUGUGAAACGCUUUCAUCUAGUGUUCGUACAACACCCACGGAAUUGAAUCAUUCUUGGUCCAGAAUAAACAGCUAUACUACUGGUUUGUCUACUGAAAGAAGCUCAGUUUACUCCUGGAGGGAUGAUGAAUUUGAUAAAGCCAACACACAAAGAGUACAUCAGUUAUUUUGGGAGAUAGAUGAAAUGCUGUUUGAAGGAAAAGUGACCUCCCAAACUCAGAGCCUGCAGGCAGAAUGUGCAGACUGGGUUGAACGAUUUCCUCAUCUAAGGGUUCUAGGAAAGCAGCUCCUAUUGCCACAGGAUGAAGGCUUUCAGCAUUUUCAGAGCAGAAGUUGUACCUCUGUGGAUACUAAGUGUUUACCUGGCCUCCAUGAGUGUACUAGUAACAUGAAAGAGCUCUGCAUUUCAGGCUCUAAAGUGAUCCCAACAGCAUCUCCAAUACAUAAAUCACUAGAUCCAAGUUCCACUAGGAUUUCUGCCUCUGACUCAUCCAUGUAUUCAUUCCUGGAAGAAGAAAUCUAUGACGUAGAUGGAAAAAUAGAAGAAUAUCUUGCCUUUGACAACAAGGACCUCGAUGAUGAGAGUUGGGAACAAAAGAAAACGCAUCUUGCUGAGAAGAGGAGUAAGCGUGGCAUUCCCCCUGUUUCUCCCAAUGCCUGUAUUGAAGAUGCUGUGGCUUCUGAAGUAUUUGAUUGUAUCUGGACCAAUGUAAUUGGAAUAUUGGAGGAACUGAUUAAAAAAAAUUGGGAAACUAGUAUCACAGAGGGUGACAAACAGGUGGAAAAACUGAAAGCUGUUACAGCAAAACUGCCACAUUUGCCAGUUGUCCGUAUUACAGCAGAUGCUGGGAGUGUUCCUCUUUCCAGAGGUUCUGAAGCACGAGGUGUAUCUUUUGGGUCUCAUUUUGUUUCCUCGCAGGUUCACCGUUUCUCCAGCAACUUCCAUGGUGAUUUGAAUGGCGUGAUGACAAUUCAAGCAAAACCCCUCCAACAGAGGCAUGUUGCCAUAGCAGAAAAAAUACAGAAUGAGCAAGAAGACAAACAACAUAGCAUUGACUCCAGUGCUCCAAAUUCAGUGCACACUAGGUUGGGGAGAAUUGCUGAUAACAGUGUUCUCUCAUCAUCUCGGGUACUGCUGGCAUCUUCUAGGAAGCUACCAAGCCAUCGUAGGUUACCUUCUCUCACUUCUGACCAACUCUCCUCAAAAGCUCCUAAUAUGUACAAUGAUGAAAUCCUUAGGGGGACUAAAUUGGGUGCCGGUUCGGAUCGUUUGUCUUCUGGUUGUGCACCUACAACCCGGAACAAGUUACCACCAAUAAACUCCGAGGCUGUUGAACAGUAUCUUUCAGUACCUCGAUUGCAACAGAGCUCUCAUCGAGGACAAUAUGCUCGUAGCAGAGUGUCAAGUGCAGUGCCUGGCAGUACAGAGCAACGGCCACUCAGAGAAAGAACUAUUAUUAUUGAUCAAUUUUCAAGGCCCAACACAACUCAUACAUUCAGGAUAUGUUACAAUACAGGCACACCUCAGAAGAGAUCACUGACUCCCAUGGAUUUUGCUAACCACAGAGGGACAGGUCAAGGAUUUUUAAUAGGCUCACAGCAUUACUACAGAUCCUUUCAGAGAAAUCCUCCAGCCUCAAGGAAGAGAUUUCAGAUUGCUUCUUAAUGCAGCUUAGGAAGAAACAGAACCCCCGUGCACUGAAUGGAAGACUGAAAUGCUAAAUUUGCCAGCUAGUAUCUUGUAUAACAAAGAACACGUGCAGUAUGCUGGUUUCUGCUGAACCUUGCAGUCCUUAGGAUUCCUGCAUUGCAUUCUUUUAAAGUUGUCUGACCAGAGGUUAGGUUAAACAUUAGAGCAAAAUGAAAUAAAUGGUUGAGGUGUCUGUUCUGUUUGCAGAGUCAAGACGCUGCUGCUGCGCUUCCUUCUCAGGCUUUCUUUCCUUAGGGAACUGUUAUUUUACCUAUAGAAGCAACUAAGUUAUGUUUAGGCCAUGAAGUCCUGUUCCCACUUUUUCAUAUUUCCUCAGUGUUAAGGAUGUUCUAUCCAAAUAUCAGUCUUAUAUAAAAUUUAUACUUUUGAACAGCAGUUUGUGGUAUCUCCUCUUUAACUGCUGUUUUAACACUUCUCUGUUUUUCAGUCUGCUUAUUGCAGUUGGUCUCUUUUAAAUAUUGUCUGUCCCUACUUUUUCUUCUUCCUUUAGUUCGAGAUGGAAUUCAUUCCUUGCUUCUACUUAAUGCUGUUCUAAUCAUCAGUAACUAUGGGAAUUGCUGGAAUAAAAUAUAUUUACAGGAAGUAACAUUUUCCCUGCUGGGCCAAACAUGUUUAUAAAUGCUGAGCAAUUGAACCUGCAUGCUGACAAGUCGGUAAGACCGUUCCCACUUCUUGAGAUUUCUUAUGAAAUAUUACCUGUUAUUGUACAAAUUAAUCAUAUUUUGCUAUAUCCGAGCCUUCAGAGUUUUAACAUGAAAAUAUGUACUUAACUGCUGAAAGCAUUUCAUACCUAUCUGUGUGGACCCAAAUGGGAAGAUCAAAGAGGAGACUGGGAUUGCGUUCUGCCCAGAGAUCGCAGCCCUGAUCAGGUCCCUGGCAAUUAGUACUGUGUACAGUCACAGUCAGGGAUUCCUCCUUCCAUCAGAGAGUCAGCAGUUUAAGUAGAUGUGGUUGAAGAGCUGUUGAAGGGGAAAGGGAGGAGGAGAAAAACUUAAUUAUUUGCCCAAAUUGUGCCGUUAAGAAAAGAAUCGGUUUCUUCUACCUGGGAAUUAAUACCAGUCCUCCUGACUUUCAAUGAAUGCUCAAGGAUUGGUAAUCCAAGGCAAAGCAUUUGUAAUAUAUAUUUUAUAUCUGUACUGUUAAUCAGAUUUCUGGUUUUUGUAAAUGGUCAUCAAGCACUGCAUUCUUUUGAGUAAAUGAAAGCAUUUUUAAAUU